AUGGGAAAUGAAUGGCUCAAGUUAAAUAUAAAACAAAAGUGUAAAGGACCAACAUGUAGUUGUAAGAGUAGAUUUGGCGGUUUUAUCGCCGAAAAGGAGGACAACACCCCAACUAGGGGAUACAAAAGAUAUAUCCAUAGACUUAAAAGUGGUAAAUAUUUUAUUCUGGAUAGUGUGAAAUAUUUCAGUAUCACUAAUAAUCCACAAAAAACUCACAAUGUCAAAAAUGUUUCAGUAUAUUAUGAUAGUGAGGACAGACCAUUUAUUAUCGAGGUAAAUAGACAAAAUGGAACUGACUAUUAUACCAAUAAUAACCCUUCUAACAGUCAAGAUGAGGAUAAUGAUUGGGGUGUGAAUUUAUCAUGGACUCAAGAUAGUAGUCUUUCUGACUCCCAAAAGCUCAAGGAUAAAUUGGAUGAACUAAGCUGUUUAUCUACCGGCUCAAUUUCACUUGACAUCUACCGGAGUAAACUUAGAAGUUAUUGUAUCUCGAGUAAGGUUGGAUUCGAAGGUACAUUUUUUACGGAUGAAACUGAUUUUUAUGAGUUCAAACAAUUUACCAAUGGACAACCUUUCAGGGUACCUUACCUUAGGUACAACGGCAAAGAUCUUCCAAUACAAAUGCCUCGGGAAGAUAUUAAGGAAGUUAGUACCUUUUACUGGAAACAUAAUUUUGGAAAACCACUCAUUGUGAAGGUAAAUAAACAGAGUGGAGAGACUGAAUAUCACUUCAAGGAUGGUAGAAGUGGGUGGACUAAAAAAAGGGUCCAAGACUUAAACUCCACUGUUCUUGAGAGUAACUGCCUGCGUAAUAAAGCAACCAAAAUAGAUCUCUCACGUAAGUAUGGUAAAUAUUGUUGUACUUCGGAUUGUAAAUUUGAGAGGGUUGAAGUUGGGGAAAACAAGCUAGAUGAAGUCUUCCCAGGAUUUACCAGCUAUGAGCACAAAGCACGUUUUAACUACCCAUUUACAAUUGGGAAGAUUAUAAAUAACAGGCUAGAGAGGCAAAUUGGUUUCUUAUAUCCUAUCUGUGAUAUUUACGAACUCACCGUUUACUACUGUAUAAACUGUGCAGAUGAGCCUCUUUUAAUAUACAUGAGCUAUAAAGUGGAUGAAUUCAUGGAGUAUACAUGGUACAAACGUGUAACUAAGAACGGGUGGGAACUAGUCAAACAUAUGCCCGAAGAUGAUGAAGGUUUUUACAAGUCACUAAAGGAGCAUCUAGAAAACCUUUCUGUUUCACUAGGUGAUAAAUGUAAUCUUAGUGGUUUUCACGAUGAUGAUACGAGAUUUCCCGCCAAAAAGGAUGAUAAAGUUCCUCCAUCUCCACAAGAAACUUAUAUCCAACUUAUGAAAAUAGCACGGAAAGAAAAUACUCCACUUCCAAAAGGGCCUCCACAAAAUGAGAAAGAGGAAGAAGAAGAAAGAGUUCCGGGAAAACGAAAUCCUACGUUUCCACCACCUAAAAAAUCCAGGAAAGUAUAUCCAAUCACUGUCAAAGAGCUACAACAAAUAAAACAAAAGGUGGAAGGCACUCCUGCAGCUCCAGCUCUAAUGGUUUCUCCAUCUGGCGUUAUCAUAGACAUAAAGAAAGAUACUAAUGGCCAAGAAACUACAUAUCCUGAUGGAGUAUCUGAUCAGAAAGUUAAGUUGGAAAAGUCUGUAGAUCCUCUUAACUCUGGCUUUGUAAAGUUCACACACAAGCCACCCAGUGAAGGAUCUUUCACCGUAGCACAAGUUGUAUUUGGGGGUAGUAUAGUUUCAGAUAUAGGAGCUAACACUGAUGAAAAUAUUCAGCAUCUAUCAGUCUGGUACUGGUCUGGAGACAGUGGCCACAAUCAACCUCUUUUGGCAGAGGUAAAAAAACAAAAUGACACAUUUUUCUACAGCUACAACAAAGGAGGUAAUAGCUGGCAACCACUUUCUGGAUAUUCAAACCCUCAACCAAAACAACUCACUGGUAAAACUCUUGAGGCUAAGCUCGAUCACCUUAACUGUAAUCUCAACCAGGCAGUCACCAUUACUCUAACUUUUGAGCUUUCUAGUCAUCUUUCUGCGAAUCGUCACAAUCGUAAGAACACAUAUUGUUGCAAUUACCAUAAUCCUAGGGAUGAUGGCAGUCAAGGAAAUAUCUCUGUUAAUAAAGGGGGUAUUGUGGUAAGUGGUACUAAAAGAGCUGAUUAUUACAAACACACCAUUUCUGGUAAUCAUAAACUUGCAAGGAUAAGGUACUAUAUUGAUGGUAUAGAUACUGCUAAUACUAAUAAUUCCAAGACAAGAAGACGUAUAAAGAUUUCUGGACUAGACUUCCCAACCUCUAAUGUACAAGCUGUAUCUGCAUUUUACUGUAGAGGAAAUCCGGUACUUAUCUACGUUGAAGGAAAUGGGCAAAACGAAUGGUACAAGAAGCCUACUGGUGGUAAUAGUGGUAUUAGUGGAGAUGAACAGUGGGCACCAGUCUUGUCUGAACUGAAUGGUAUAACACCAGAAGAUAUUACCAACUGUACCAAUUUUAACAAAGUCAAAGGUGUACUAAGUUGUGCAAGUGGUAUAGAAUGUAAAGAACCUGCUAGUCCUAGUCUACCUAGAGGAGUUGUUGGAAAGGGUGGUAAAGGUGAUAGAGGUGAACAAACCGAUACUGAUCAUAAAUCUCCUGCUGGCUCAUCUCUUCAAGGUGCUACUCCUAAUUCUCAAUGUGAAGAUGCUGCUCCUAUUCCUCAAGAACAACGUGCUGCUGGACCUCAAGGACUUGCUGGUAAUCCUGGUCUACCUGGUGAAAGAGAAGCUGGUAAAGCUCUACAGGAGACUGCUUAUGGUAAAGAUGGUGAUAAAGGACCUAAUGGACUUACUGAUGCUACUGCUGGUAGAGUUGAUGAAGAAGGUGCUGAUACUGAUAAAGAUGUUGCUGGUAAAAGGGGUAAAGAUGGUAAAACUACUCAAGAAGUAUCUGAAGUUAAAUCUGAAGAACAAGCUGCUGUUCUUCCUGGAUCUAUGGGACUUAGUCCUAAAGGAGAAGCUGGUAAUCCUGGACUUACUCAACGUACUGGCUCACCUGACCUAGCUACUGUUAGCGGUAAAGAAGCUGAAGCUGAAGGAGACUCUGGUGAUAAAGGAGAUGCUAGAAAUACUGAUGGAGGACAUAAUGAUCCUGCUGAGGAUACUGCUGGUGACUCAUCUCUCCAAGGUACUCCUCAAGGUGAUCCUCAACCUGGAGGGGGUGCUGGAGGAACUCAGGGUAACCAAGCUGAUGUUAGUAUAACUAGUGGAGAUCAAGAUGGAUCUACUGCUGAAGCUUCUAUUGGAGCUCCUAAAGUUGAUCCUGCUCCUCCAGCUCCCCCUCGUACUGAACCUUUUCUUGACCCUGCUACUGCUGGAUACUUUUUUGCUAGUGGUGGUACUGCUCUUGCAACAGGAGCUACUAUUCUCGCUGUUCUUGGUGCUUCAGGCUCCAUUACUGGGUUUGCUUACUGGAUUUCCCAACGCUUUGCCGGAGAACCAUGGGUUAGACAAAUAUGA